UGCUGAGUAAGGCCAGGGAUUGAAGCUGCAUCCUCAUGGAUGCUAGUGGGGCUUGUAACUCGCUGAACCACAAGAGGGACGCCUCACUUUCCUUUGUUAAAUCUGCCUUCAGUCUGCUGUCCUGAUUGGGAGAUUUCCGUUAUUUUAUCUUCCAAGUCACUCACUUGCUGUUUCUGCACUAUUUAUUCUUCUUAUCGCCUGCAGCUGAGCUUUCACUUUGGUUACUGAAUCUUCUAAUUUUUUCUUGGCUUUUCUUUUAUCAAACCGCUGUCUUGGUCCAGUACUUGCAUCUGCCUUUGAAACCCUAUAGAUCUGCAGAUCAGAAUCACAGCACUGCUCUAGCAUUUUCCCGUGUCUCUGCCUUUACUGCAGGUGACUGCCAGGACGCCAGGGCAGGCCUGGAAAUGAAAGCCCUCAGCGUUUAUCUCAUCUUUGCCCUCGUUUUUGGAUCAUAGUGUCCCGUAUGUAGGCUCCUCGGUGGGCAGUUUUUUCUCCUACCCCACUGCUCUCUGGCCUCUGAGGUGUAGCAGAGAAACGGGCUGAUGACCUUAAGGACCUUUUGAUGAGACAGGUCACUUCUUGCUGCUUUUGACUUGGUUUUUGACAUUUUUCUUCUUGGUAUGGUGUGGGUCUCCUUGGGUUUAUUGUUCUUGGAGUUCGGGGUGCUCCUUGGAUUUGUAGGUUCAUGUCUUCUAUCAAACUGGGAAAGUCAUUUCCUCAGACAGUCUUUGCCCUUCUCCCCCAGCGUGCCCCGCUGUCUCCUCGCUGCAUCUCUCUCGUGGAUUGGUUACAGUUGUAUUCCUCAGCUCCAGCUUUUGUGGGUUCCCUUCUGUGCUGUUCACGUCUCUGCCCACGUAUCAUUUCCCUGAUAUUCUUGAGUUCCUUGUUUUUCUCUCCAGCUACUUACUCACAUAGAAGACACUUGUUUAACAGUCUUUAGUCACUCCUGUGUCUGGGCUUUCCUCUGAAGAGGCCGUGGUUCCUUUGUGAUGUUUUGUUGAAAACUGUUGGCCUUGGCAGCCUGGCCCUGUGAGAAGCAGCCUUUACCACUAGGCUGGGCAUGCUCGGAGCCAGGGGGCGGGAGGGCAGCCAUGUGUGGACGGCUGCUCUGGGAGUUUCACCCCAGCUUCUCCUUGGGCCCUGCAUGGCCUGUUGUGGGUGUUCCCCCGUAACCCUGCCCCCCUGCAGCCCUCCUGGCAGCCCCCUGCUGGCUGGGACAUUGCACAGGUCAGCCUGGGGUAGCAGCAUGAGGGCCAGUGAACAGGCCACGGGACUCGUCCUUCCGCCUGGCGGAGGCAUGGUUGUGCCCUGCUCAGCUGGUUGCUGCAGAUGUUUCUCAGAACCACCGGGGGGUGAGCUCAGCUGGUUUCUGGGGGUUCUCUCGAUGCUUCUGAGGGAUGGGACCUGUACUUGGCUGGUGUCACCCAUGCUCUCUGGCUCCAGCUUUAACGUGCAAGCGCUGGAGCUUUUCCUGGAUGGCCCUGGUUCUGUGGGUGCCUCGGGCCUGCUCUCUGCACAGCAAGUCCUGCUCUCCCUUCCAGGGCCCGGGCACCUCUCCAGACUCUCCGGCAAGUGCUUCAGCCUGGUGGAGGCCACGUACAAGUAUGAGUUCUGCCCAUUCCACAACGUGACCCAGCAUGAGCAGACCUUCCGCUGGAACGCCUACAGCGGGAUCCUCGGCAUCUGGCACGAGUGGGAAAUAGCCAACAACACCUUCAAGGGCAUGUGGAUGAGGGACGGCGACUCCUGCCACUCCCAGAGCCGGCAGAGCAAGGUGGAGCUUACCUGCGGGAAGAGCAACCGGUUGGCCCACGUGUCCGAGCCGCGCACCUGUGUCUACGCGCUGACCUUUGAGACGCCCCUUGUGUGCCACCCCCACUCCUUGCUAGUGUACCCCACCCUGCCUGCGGCCCUGCAGCACAGGUGGGAGCAGGUGGAGCAGGACCUGGCGGACAGGCUGAUCACAUCCCAGGGCUAUGAGAAGUUGCUCAGGUCAAUCUUUGAGGAUGCUGGCUAUUUAAAGGCCCCAGAACAAAGCGAGCGGGUGCAGCAGGACAGGGGUGCCAAGGGCCUGGUGUUUGAGACGCUGGAGAGCUGCCAUGAGGCACAUAAAGCCCUGUCAGCAGAGCUGGAGAGGCUGCGGAGCGUGCUGACCCAGCACAGCAUCCCCUACACACAGCCUGCAGAAAUUUACCUCUCUGAGCACCUGGGCACCAAGACACCCACAGACCCCACGGCAGAGCACCUACGCGGCGACCCGGGGCUGCAAGCCAACAACCUGUGAUCAGGCUGCGAGGCGCAGCGUGGGGAGUCCCCACCAGAGGGCGCGCUUUCUCUUCCAGACAGACAAGAUGAUAAAGAUUGAGUUUUAAUUUCCAUUUUAUCCAUACUGAUAAAAAUAACUCCAUGAAUUCUGUAAACCAUUGCAUAAAUGCUAUAGUGUAAAAAAUUUAACAAGUGUUACAUUUAAACGGUUCACAACAAGGAAA